GGCAGCCGAUCCGGCGUCUCCGUGACAGGCACCCUGCUCCGCCGCCACCGCCGCCGCCGCUGCCUUUCUUCCUCGUCCCGGGCCGUGCGCGCCGAGCUCGGGAUCGGGCUCCCGGUCUAGCCACGCUUCGGGCCGUGCGCCCUUCGCUCGGCGUCCCGGUCCGGGGCUCCGUUCCACCCGCUCCCGCCUGCCCGGCCGCCUGGCCGCCUCCCCGUAGUCAGAGCGCGGCCACCGAGCUGCUCGCGCCAGCCGCAUCCGCGCCGCCCCUGCCGCUCGGCCCUCCAGAGGCUCCACUCCCGGGUCACCCCCGCCACCUCCUGGCACCCAGGCUGCCCACCUCACGACCCGGGUCCUCGCCGCCGCCUCGCCCGGCCCCACUGUUCUCUGCACAGGGUCUCGCCAGCUCUUUCUCGUCGCCACCACCGCCGCCCCCUUGGAGCAGCGGGUCCGCCGCGGGUCACCAUGCCCAGCAAAACCAAGUACAACCUUGUGGACGAUGGGCACGACCUACGGAUCCCUUUGCACAACGAGGACGCUUUCCAGCACGGCAUCUCUUUUGAGGCCAAGUACGUGGGAAGCCUGGAUGUGCCCAGACCCAACAGCAGGGUUGAGAUCGUGGCUGCCAUGCGCAGAAUCCGGUAUGAGUUUAAAGCCAAGAACAUCAAGAAGAAGAAAGUAAGCAUCAUGGUCUCCGUGGAUGGUGUCAAAGUGAUUCUGAAGAAGAAGAAAAAGCUUCUUUUAUUGCAGAAAAAGGAGUGGACGUGGGAUGAGAGCAAGAUGCUGGUGAUGCAGGACCCUAUCUACAGGAUCUUCUACGUCUCUCAUGACUCCCAAGACUUGAAAAUCUUCAGCUAUAUCGCUCGAGAUGGUGCCAGCAAUAUCUUCAGAUGUAAUGUCUUUAAAUCCAAGAAGAAGAGUCAAGCUAUGAGAAUCGUACGGACAGUGGGGCAGGCCUUUGAGGUCUGCCACAAGCUGAGCUUGCAACACACACAGCAGAACGCAGAUGGCCAGGAAGAUGGGGAGAGCGAGAGGAACAGCGAUGGCUCUGGAGACCCAGGCCGCCAGCUCACGGGAGCUGAGAGGGUCUCCACAGCCCCCGCAGAGGAGACUGACAUUGAUGCUGUGGAGGUCCCGCUCCCCGGGAAUGACAUUCUAGAAUUCAGCCGAGGUGUGACUGAUCUGGACGCUGUGGGGAAGGAAGGAGGCUCUCACAUAGACUCCACGGUCUCGCCCCAUCCUCAGGAGCCCAUGCUGACCACCUCCCCUCGAAUGCUGCUCCCUUCUUCUUCCUCGAAGCCACCAGGCUUGGGCACAGGGACGCCCCUGUCCACUCACCACCAGAUGCAGCUCCUCCAGCAGCUCCUCCAGCAGCAGCAGCAGCAGACACAAGUGGCUGUGGCCCAGGUUCACUUGCUGAAGGAUCAGUUGGCUGCCGAGGCUGCGGCGCGGCUGGAGGCCCAGGCACGAGUACACCAGCUCCUGCUGCAGAACAAAGACAUGCUCCAGCACAUCUCGCUGCUGGUCAAGCAGGUGCAGGAGCUGGAGCUGAAGCUGUCGGGACAGAACACCAUGGGCUCCCAGGAUAGCUUGCUGGAGAUCACCUUCCGUUCAGGUGCCCUGCCUGUGCUCUGUGAAUCCACCACCCCUAAGCCAGAGGACCUACACUCACCACUGCUGGGCGCUGGCUUGGCUGACUUUGCCCACCCGGCAGGCAGCCCCUUAGUUGACCACAGCAUGUUUGAGAAUUUGAAUACAACCCUCACUCCAAAGCUCCAAUCCAGCCAUUCCUUCCCUCAUCUGUCCAGACCGGGGGCCCCAGGCUCCAUCGCCCCUGGCUCUGGAGAACCAGGAGGACCAGGGCUGAGGGUGGGCAGCAGCCAGCACCUUAGGAAUCUGGGCAAAGCUGUGGGGGCCAAGGUCAACGACCUCCUGAGAAGAAAGGAGUCUUCAAGCCUGGGCAGUGUGGGUGUGAUGGAGAUUAAUAAGACUGCUGGGGCCCAGCUGCCUGGUGGGGAAGAUGCGGCCUGUGGACCCUGGCUGGAGGAUGAAAGUUUCAGGUCAGUCCAAGAAGCCUUCCCUCUGCUGGAUCCUCCACCUCCCAUAACCCGGAAGCGAACCCCUCGGGCCCUGAAGACCACCCAGGACAUGCUGAUUUCAUCGCAGCCCGUCCUAAGCAAUCUAGAAUAUGGGACAGAAUUGUCACCCGUGCAGGCCCAGGACUCUCCACCCACUGCUCAGCCUGUAUCUGCAGACACUUCGCGGCCGGAGUCUACCAUUGAAAUGGGAGAGAAGGGAGAGGCUCUACCCAAUGGCGAGGUGUCCCUGUUGGUACCUGACCUAAUACACAAGAACACCCAGGAGGAAUCUAAGCUAAAGGCAACAGAGGGCAGGAAAUCCUCCUCCCCUGCCCCCAUGGAGAGAAAUGGCCUCAAACUUAGCUUAAGCCCCAUCAGCCUGGCUGAGACCUGGGAGGCCAGCAGCCCACCUCCGCAGGCACGGACUUCCAGCCUUGACAGUGAAGGCCUUCACCCAGACCUGCUGUCCUUUGAGUAGACUCUCUUGUCUCCCCUGAUGAGCGUCCUCUUCACGUUGUCAUCCACUACACACAAGUCUACUGUCCCAACUCUGCCGUGCCCUCAUCUUCCUCAUUGGAAGGCACAGCAGAGUCCACUCUCUGCCAGAGGCAUCAUGGGACCAGAUGGCCACACAUUGUCCCAGUUAAGGAAUCUGCAGAAUGCCCAAGGGUCUCAGUGGCAUCUCCUCCUGCUCCUCUGCUGGCUGCUGGCUACUGGCUGCAGCUUUGGCACCGGAACUCAUCCUUCUUCAGGCUUGUCCCAGCUUCCUGCUGACUCACAGGGCCACCAGCCCAGGAGGAUGGAUCUAACAGGAAUCCUCUUUGCCUGUCUGCUCAGACUCAAAUGCUUUCUGACCUCUCCCCCACCAAUCCUUGAUUCUGUUCCUUUCUUCCAUACUGGUCCAGGGCCCCCCUGCCCUGAAGGGAAUAGAGCUAGGGAAGAAUGGAAGGUUUUGACUUGAUGAUGGGGCCUGGCCUGGAAAGCUUUACCUAGAUUGAAAUCUCACCAUAGUUCCUUCAGCUUCAGGGCUGGGUGGACCCCUAACCCCUACCUUUCCUCUGCUUCUGGCCCGGAGUCAGAGGAGAUGCUUCCGGGGCUUAAGGCCUUGAGAGCUUCUCAAAGGUUGAGCCUUGUCACCAGGGUUCCCAGGGUUUUCUCAUCCAGUUAUGUGUGCCCCUACCUAUCUGGAGAGGCACUUGGGAACGGUGCUAUAGGCAGACUUGCUCGGGUUCCUUGCUAUGUGCGUGUGAAUACAGAGGUAGGCAGGCCCCUGCAGAAGCAGCAGAGAGGGUUCUGUUGUUCAGAGAGGAGAGCGCGGGAGCACAGAAUGGUCCUGCAAGAGCAGAGAUCACAGGGAAGAGAACAGAGAGGACUGAGAAGGGCAUUGCGAGAGUCAGGGCAGCUUUUCAGGCCACUCCACACCAAGAAUGAGGCAGUGCCUGGGUCUGGGAACAGUAUGUGUGAGAGCCGGGGUUGGAGCAUGUGCGAGAAUGUGGUGAGGACUGUGGAGGCAAAGCAGUUGUCUUUAGUGAAAGUGCUUCUUUGUGCUUGUGCUGAAGUUUCCUGAAUUCCUGCAGCACCAGAGAUACCUCAAGCCUCGGUCUUUUAUUCAGGUAAUGGUGAUCCUCCUCUGCUUCUGCUGGAAUCUGUGUAAGGACCCAACAAGACUUACCAACCGUUCCCUGGUUCCUGCCUUCCGGGUUAACUUGCUUCAUAUCCUUCUCCCUUUAGGGGCCCUAUCAUGCUGUCUUCCUGUGGCCAGGAGACUGUAGUGAUCCCAGCCACAAGGGCCUUUGUAGCCAGAAGAGGAAUCCCUAUUCUUGAACAAGGAGGCCAAAGCCCCACAAGGAGGCGGGGGACGGUGCAUCCACCCAGGGCAGGCCACGCAACAGUCUUCUUGCCCUACUUCCUGGGCCCUUCCCUUUUCCUCUUGCUUGGCUUCCCAUCUGUGACAUUGGGGUACACAGGUCUCACUUCCAAAUUCAGCAUCACCGGUGUGCUGCCCUCCUCCCACCCUGCAUCUGGAGCCCCAGGAUGGAGGUUUCCUUCUCAUACACCUGCUUCAGCAGUUGCAUAGCUUCAGCCAUCUAUGCCCUCCAACCCUGUUCUCUCACCCCAUCUUCCACUGCCACAGAAAGUGAGGCUUUAUCCCAUGCUCCCUGCAGACUCCAGUCUUUUCCUCUCAGAUGAGAAUCCAUGCAGCCAGGCAUCUGAAGGCUCUGUUGGAGGAUACAGGACUGUUAGUACACAUGUAGCACACGUGCCUUGCUCCAAGAACAUCCCAGGGAUGUGACAAUUGAUCCUGAAGUCAGAGAAGUCCUUAGAAGUAGCCCUUGAGGACCUGUGGAUUUCCCACAGUGAUGUGGGAUAGCACCCAAAACAGAAUUCAGGCUCUAGACUGGAAAGUAUAAGCAUUCCCCAGAGAGCAAGUCCAUUGUAAUCUGAGCUCCCCAUACCAAAAUCUUGGUUUGCUCCUCUCAUAGGAAGCUCACAGGUAACUGCUCUCUGGGGCGUCUCCUCCUCAGAGAUUAGGUAAUAUGGUUUCCUAAGACCAACAGCAUGAGACUUGGCUUGCUUAAGCACCCAGGACACUGCUAGAGCCCAGGCCCCCGGGCCCAGGGUUAGCCAAGAGCCCUAAAGAGGGAUCUUCUGAGUACUUCAGACAUAAUGCUUGAUGUCGGAUUAGGUACCAUGGAUGCCUGCAUCAACCUUUAGGAUCUUUGGCCAUCUCCCUGCUACAGGUGUGGUACUGCUACCUCAGGAGGCCCCCUGAGACUGAGCCUUGUUUUAGAUGCUGCAGAUAACUGCCUGGUGCUAUGGGGCUACAUGUUUCCCAGCAGCCACAAAUCCUCCUGAGGGCUUCCAUUCACAUCAGCUCUUCCAGCUAGUGACCUCAUCAGGCUCACUGACCAUCUCAGCUGUGUGGACCACAGCAUGGCAGCCUUCACAGUGAAUCCAGAUCCUCGGGGUUUUGACCUUUGGGUAGUUUGAUCUGCGUGGCACAGAGGCAGGCUAACGGGGAGGAAUGAAGGGUCUAACUUGAAUGUCUGUUUAAAGAAGCUGGGGUCUUGGAGCCCUUUUCUCUCCAGCCCCGUUGUAUAACCAUAUUCAGCCCAUAGCUUUACCUUGAUAGGUGACAAAGUGAGCUUCCAGAAACAUGGAAAGAAGGUGUCCCCUCCCUAGUCCCAGCCCACACGUCUCUCUAGAAAUGUAUCUGUGAAUGUUCUGGGAGAUCUGAAGGCAUGUGUUUUAAUCCAUCAUCUUUUAAAGAACAAGUUUGGACCCUGUUGAAAAGAACAAGAUUAUAGUUCUAUUCUGAGUAUUUUUUAGAGAGUUCAUAUUUAUAUUUUUAGAGAUUUUUCUUGUAGAAGGAACUUGCAUAAUAAAAUGAUAAAUGUG